AUGAAGUCCCGCGUGCGCUCCUGGCUAAACCAGCAUGACCAUCUUGUUGGUGGUUUCGUUGGAGGACUCGUGAGCACUGCGGCAUGUCAUCCUAUGGAUCUUCUCCGGAUUCGUUUUUCAGCUGACAGAGGGCGUGGGAUCAGAAUUCAGCCUCGCUACAGCAGUUACUUGGAUGCAGGGAAACGCAUCUACAGAGUUGAGGGUAUCCGAGGUCUGUACCAGGGUGCCACACCAAAUAUGGUGGCACGGUCGUUGGCGUGGGCACUUUAUCUGCAGUGGUUCAACAAAAUGAGAAAAAUCCUGCCUUUUCACACACCUAGUGAAAACCUUGACAAUUUUUUGUGUGCUAUCUUCACAGGCGGCACCAUCAUGUGCAUCACCAAUCCCAUAUGGGUGACAAAGACAAGGUUGUGCCUGCAAUAUGAAACGAAUACCACAAAGAAAUACUCAGGAAUGAUAGAUUGCUUGAUCAAGUUGUAUCGAGGAGAAGGUGUCAAAGGACUUUAUAAAGGACUUUUGCCCGGAAUUGUGGGAACAAGCCAACAGUCUCUUUACCUAACGAUCUACACUUCCUUCAAGUCAUGGAGAUGUAAGAGAACUGGACUAGAAGUAGAUUCGCAACUGAGUACGAUGGACUACUUGGUUUUUUCAAGUUUUGCUAAGUGUGCUGCUACUACAUUAACGUUUCCGAUUCAGCUGAUCCGAACUCGAAUGCAGGAUCAUAACCUCCCGUCCGGAGGAAUUUGGCGAACAAUCUCGGACACGUUGAGACUGGAGGGCAUACACGGCCUUUUCAAAGGUUGCCUAAUGGCAAAUAUGCGGCAAGUUCCUGCGGCUGUUGUUACUUUUGUCACAUACGAACACGUUCGAUAUCUUGUGCAGAACAGUCACAGAGCGGUACAAAUGGCAAGAACUCAUUCGUUAUCGACAGUCAUUCAUUCCUAUUCUUCAUCGAAGGAUUUCGUUCAAGAAUCCAGAACCCAUCCUACAUCGUCCUUCCCGAUAUCUGUUUGCCCUUUGUUCACUAAUCUUCACUACAAGACUUCCUACCGGUUCCCCAUAAGAACAUACGAACUGAGAUCAUCGUCAGCGGUAACAUUGAAAACACAACCAACAGUUGAUUAG